UUUGGAAUCAGGCCUUGUUUAUGGCAACUAAAGAUUGCAGAGGCAUUAUUAAAGGGUGACCAUGAUGUACUCUGUACUGUGGGGACAGGAAUGGGCAAGACAUUAGUGUUCUGGAUGCCUUUGUUAUUUCAUCAAGGUAUUCAAAUUGUCAUCACUCCCCUCAAUAUGCUUGGCAAACAGAAUGCUACAUCACUUACUAAGGCAGGCAUAAAAGCCAUUUCAAUAAGCAGUGAGACUGCAACACCUGAGAAUUUUGCUGCUAUUUGUGCACUCAAGUAUCAAGCAGUCCCAGUUAGCCCUGAGCAAAUCAUGAAACUGAAUGGUGAAUUUGAAAAGUUGUUGAAAAAUGACCUGUUCAUGGCUCAGAUCAUCAGCAUUGUCAUUGAUGAGGUGCACUGUCUUACUAAUUGGGAAGAGUUCUGCCCAGAGUAUAAGGAGCUUGGGCAUCUUCAUUAUAUCCUGCCAUCCAUCAUUCCUAUCAUGAUUGCAUCUGCAACACUUACUAAAUAUACACUUACUAAUGCAGUGCACCUCCUUCACAUGCAUGCUGACAAGCUGACUGCUAUUUGA